AUGGCGUCGGGAGGCAAUUUAUGGAUGUCCUCUACGCCACCGGUAGAGGGUGAAACACAACGACAUAGCCCGGAGCAUAGCUCCAUGACCGUUGACCCGGUCCAACACACCAGCCAGUCCCCAGAGGACCUAUACGUUAACCACAUUUUCUGCUGCCUGUGUCAGACGACUUUCUCGUCCGACCUCUUCAACACUCACCCGGCGAAACACGCCAACUGCGACCUAUACUGCCCAUACUGCAGUAUCCCAACGAAACACCGCGGUCUCAAGGCCCUUUGCCAACACACGAACGAUUCCCAUAAGAACAUCGUUGACACCCACUUACAUUGCAUUCUGUGCAAUAAGUUCUACCCUACAGAUAUUGUCACCCACAUUUACGAAAACCACUGGAACCUGGAAGUUGCAGCCAUUCACUGUGCAACCCUCUCAAUUACACUCUCACCAGAGCUAACACCUCUCCCAGACAACCAAAUGGCACCAAAUGCCUUAGCACUAAGGAGGGCGACGUCCUCCCCCUUGCUUCACCUGCCACAACACUCAGGCCUCAAGGAAAGCAUUCAUGCACCUUGUGUUACUGACCCUUCACAAAUGGAAACUUCUGCACCCUCCUCUCCUCUCUCUUCCAUAGCUUCCUUUGCACAAUUGCUGCCUACCACACCUACAUACACACUCUCUCCAUUUGAUUCUAACAAGGGAAUGGAAGGAUACAACCUAUACCUCUUAGGUUACACACCUGACCCAAAUUAUACACAAGCCCAAAUUGAUAUGGACAACUUGCUCAUAUUUCAACAAGUCAACCAACACUCCCUACUCUUGCUCAACAUAGUAAAAGCUGCCUUGAAAGACUAUACUACUAUCCAAGCAGUUUAUAUUACUAACCUGUACUCCCUCCUUUUCACUCUUACAGGCAAAAUGUCUGGUUACAGUGACACUCUUCUCCAACUUGCAAAGUCACUAGAGGGAGAGAACCUUACACUGCUCAGAUCCACACUUGCCAAAGUGUUCUAG